UCAACGCUUUGGGACGGAGAUAGAGCAAACUUCUGCACUAGACCCCCACACUUCGAAUUCAGAAAAACAAUUUAAGAGACCUCGACAAACGGCACUGAUGGGAGUUGACCAAGUGACCACUGAGGACACAAUGGAAUCGGACGUUCCUGCUGACCUGGUCGGCAGGCGGGUGUCCUGCAGUGGGGAGCGGGGGACGGUGCGCUUCGUGGGCUCCGUCCCAUCAACUGCAGGGCUGUGGCUCGGUGUGGAAUGGGACAAUCCUGAGCGCGGCAAACAUGAUGGCGGCCAUGAAGGAGUGCAGUAUUUCACCUGCAAGCACCCGACGGGAGGCUCUUUUGUCCGUCCAAAAAAAGCUAGUUUCGGGGUGGACUACCUGACUGCUGUCCAAGAGUUGUACAAGUUUGACGUAGAGGAGGUUUUCAAAGAGGAGUUCUCCAUCUCGUCAAAAACUGUAGAGGUGGCCGGCUUUGAGAAGAUGAGGUUUCAGAAGCUCACUGUGGUAGCAUUGAACAUGCGUGAGGUGAAUGGGCCUGGUUCUGACGCUGAAAUCCAGAAAACAACACCUGACGUGGAGUCUCUUGACCUGUGUGGAAACCUGCUGUCCUGCUGGGAGGAUGUGGCGGCCAUCACCCAGCACAUGCGACAGCUGCGAGAAUUACUGCUAAGCCACAACAGACUGCGUUUGCCUUUUGCCCCUGCGCUUCAUCGGCCAGCCUUCGAUUGCCUGAGGGUCCUCUCCCUCACUAACGCCGCCCUCACCUGGCCACAGCUCCUGCAGUGCGCCCCUAUGUGGCUGCAGCUGGAGGAGCUCUACGUCUCAGAAAAUGACAUCACAGAGCUACAGAGGCCGGUGGGUGUGCUGCAGUCUCUGAGGGUCCUGGACCUCACCAGCAACCAGCUAGCAGAGGACACCCUGCUGAGUAUAGCUGAGCUGCCCAGGCUGGAGAACCUGAACUUGUCAAAGACUGGCCUCUCUGUCCUCCAGUUUAACGACGUCCCUCCAGGAUGUAAAACGGCCAUGUUUCCUGCCUUGAAGACUCUCGUACUGAACAAAAACAACAUAUCAGAGUGGGGGGUAAUAAAUGAAUUGGAGAAGUUACAGAGUCUGGCCCAGCUGUCGUGCCGUUACAACCCCAUGCUGAGCACUCAGCGCAACCCACAGACAGCCAGUCAGCUUCUCAUGGCCAAAGUGGGCCAACUGGUCAGCCUCAACAUGCGCGAGAUCCUGCCUGAGGACAGGAGAGGAGCAGAGCUCGACUAUGUGAAGAUGUUUGGAGAGGAGUGGCUUAAGGCGGGAGGGCACCAAGACCCCCAGCAGAACCGGCCCAGUGCCCAGUUCACAUCCCAGCACCCCCGAUACCAGAUCUUCAUAGAAAAAUAUGGUGCCCCGGAUGAAGGUGAGCUCAAGAAACAGAAGCCAUUUGCCCUGAAAAACCAGCUGAUAAAUAUUACAUUUGUUUGUCCAGAUGACCCAGAUCGCAAGGCGAUUGUCAGGAAGCUUCCAGAGUCCAUGGUUGUACAAAAGGUGAAGGGCCUCCUGCACAGACUGCUGAAGAUCCCUGGUGCAGAUCUAAACCUUACCUAUACAAGUACAAAGAUAGAGGGUAAAGAGAUUGAGAUCAACAAUGACCUGAAGCCUCUGCAGUUCUACUCCAUCGAAGACGGCGACAGAGUUCUGGUCCGCUGGUCUUGACCUGAGGAUCCACACCUGAGAAAAAAACACAAGCAAUUUGGACUAGAAUGGCAAGGCACGAAAAAGAUGUCAUCAUUCGUUCAAGAACAUUGUAAUUUUCCGCUUCUGUGUGUAUGCUUUGGACAAACCAUAGAUGUUUUUGGCAUAUGCCUUUUCAAUCAGUGCGCACAUAGAGAAGGAAGUGGAAGCCCAACAGCCUAUUUGCACCCAGCAUGGUAGAAUUACUUUGAGGUAUGAACAUCCAGCAAACUGUCUUGCCAAAUUACUAAAAGCAUCAACUGGCCUAGCUGUUCGGUGCCUUACUGGAUCUGAAAAGAAUUUAGAAAAAGAUAAUUUGCAAAUGGAGUGAAACUCUUCUGAGGUCCAGCCAAAAUCAGUUUUUGCCCUUUUAAGUAUUUAUUCAUCCUGGGAAUAUCUGGUUGUUUCAUCUUCAGUUUCAUACAGUUCCACACAUUCAUACCUAGGUGCCACCCAGUGCAAUGACACGCUUCCUCUUUCGACCACUGGGAGCAGCCCAGUAUAACCAUAGCCUUGGGCAUGGUUGGUCACCGCCCUCCCAGUCAGGGGACAUGAACCUGUGAUCUAGUGGGACUUGAGUUAGAGGACAGAUGAAGCCGUCAUUAUGACAUAAUGGUACAUUGACUUCUUUAUGACACCAUCAUGUCAGACCAUCGAGUGACAUCAUAAUGCCAUGACUUUAAUGAGUGAUGUCUUCUGUGACGUAGGAAUGCCACAUCAUCCUGUUGUCACCCAUCUGUAUGUGUGUGUGUGUGUGUGUGUGCGUGCGUGCAUAAAAGCAAAACGUAUCCACAAGGUGAUAUACAGCAGCUCUAGAAAGUGUUAACCUUCCAGCAAUUAUUUCUUGUUUUGUUGUGUUGAAAAGUAAAAUUAAAGGGUUUAAAAUUA